GUCUGCAUGCUGCAAAGACUUCUCUUUCAUUUCCUCAACAAGCGCAUAGCAGUUAAUUACAUACAACGCAGGCAGCGCACGUGACGUGACUCCAUACCGACUGCUCUGCGAUUUGCUCGGGGUCACUGCAGACAAAAACACGGCAAGAGCCACGCGACCACGCGGAGGGUUCUCUGUAAGUCAAUGCAAUGGCGGAUGGACAUUCAAAUUGCAUUUGGACGCUGCUGGUCAGUGUGGUGCUAGUAAAUUUUCAAGCAUUCCCCGUCAUUUCGCAAGACCCUACAACAUCUGGAGUAACUGACACGCCAACAAAUUCAGUCACAGUCGAAACGACAAAUGCAGUGACACAGCAAGCAGCUACAAAUGCAGUGACAAAUGAAGUCACAAUCGCAACGACAGAUGCAGUGACACAAGCAGCUACAAAUGCAGUGACAAAUGCAGGCACAAUCACAUUGACAAACCCAGUUAAUGAACUGACGAAUCCAGUGACAGAGGUAGUGACAAAUGCGGCCACUGGUGCAGUGACGAAUGCAGUAACAGGUGCAAUGACAGAAGCAGUGACAGAUAAUGUCACAGACGCAGGGACAAAUCCAGUGGCAGAUGCUGUCACAGAUGCAGGUACAAAUCCAGUGACAGGUGCUGUCACAGAUACAGUGACAAAUCCAGUGACAGAUGCUGUCACAGAUUCAGUGACAAAUCAAGUGACAGAUGCUGUCACAGAUUCAGUGACAAAUCAAGUUACAGAUGCACCAAUAACAACGAGUGUUACGGACGCUGCUACAGAUCUCAGGACGGCGUUGGUGAACGUGACGUCAUUCACAGAUGUUUUUAUUACUAGCAAUAUUACUGAGGUGGACCACUUUAACACGAGCAGCACAUUAUCACCCAACGUCACUGAUCCUGAACAAAUUAUAUACAGACUGGAUCAAACCCGCACAGUUAUCAUUCCGAUCGUCAUCUUCACUUUACUGUUAUUCCUUCUCGUUAUCAUGAUAUUCAUCGCUACAUAUACGCGAAUAAGGCUGAAGAAAAGUGUCUCCACAUAUAGACUAACACCAUCCGUUAAGAACAGCAGCACACACGUCGGGUAUCAGAACACCGCGUACGAACACGGGGACAUAGCCGACGAUACGGACAUUGAGUGUAGUAUGAGAGAUUUACGACUGGAUGUAACGUCUACGAAUGGUAGAGACACGAUGAAUAUUAACCCGGAGGGUCUUAAAAAUCCAGAGGGCCUGGAGGAAGAACUCACGCCUCUCUGAAGACUACUAACUACAACAAAUUAAUGCUUAGCAGAAUAAGGUUACCAGCCAAAUUUCCAUGACCUUUGUACAAUAUUUGUGACUGGUA